UACUGUCCAAAACCAAUCUACAUCACAAGAAAAAAAGGGAACAAACUAAAAGCAUCUUUCGUCCAACACCCCCUACUCACGCCAAAACAAAAAUAUAAUUCCACAUUUUCUACUCUUAGCUCAGUGGCAUUGAAAAUUACUUGCUGCAGAGAUGGUACAAGCAAUGGCAUCGAUGGCUGGCUUGCGUGGCUCCUCACAGGCUGUCCUGGAAGGCAGCCUCCAACUCAGUGGCCAAACCCGCUUGAACAUUGCUGGCAACAAUAAAGUAACUACGGCUAGGCCUGGUUUCAUCGUGAGAGCCCAACAGGCACCGACCGAGCCUGAAACUGGACGCAGAGCCGUGCUGGGUCUUGUUGCUGCUGGUUUGGCCACAGGCUCCUUUGUUCAAGCUGUGCUUGCCGAUGUAAGAAGCCUCAAGAUUGGCCCACCUCCCCCACCCUCUGGUGGAUUGCCUGGAACUCUGAACUCUGAUGAGCCAAGAGACCUUGAUCUGCCAUACAAAUCCAGGUUCUUCCUCCAACCACUUACUCCAGCUCAGGCAGCUCAAAGGGCAAAGGAGUCAGCCAAGGACAUUCUUGGUGUCAAGAGCUUGAUUGACAAAAAGGCCUGGCCCUUUGUCCAGAAUGAUCUCCGUCUCAAAGCUGAGUAUCUCCGCUAUGACCUUAACACUGUCAUUUCUGCCAAGCCCAAAGACGAGAAGAAGUCUCUGAAGGAGCUCACUAAAAGGCUCUUCGAUACCAUCGGCGACCUGGAUCAUGCGGCCAAGAUCAAGAGCACCCCUGAAGCUGAAAAGUAUUAUGCUCAGACUGUAUCUACUCUGAACGACGUUCUUGCCAAGCUUGGCUAAGAGAAUUGUUGUAUUUUGAAUGCAAGCCUUGUUCAUCGUUUGUAGAGACACUUUUCAUUUCUAUUAACGAAAUUGAAACUUGUUAAUUUGUGGAAGCACUUUCGCGUCAUGUCACCGCUCACUCAAGGAUUCUAGUUUCGGGAAAAAAACAGAAUCAAUUUAAGCAACUUUUGAUAAACAAGGCACCCUUUUGCCCAUAUUAAAAGUUUAUAAAGCCCCAGAUAAAGAAGCCCAUAUUAAAAGUUUACUAAUCAUAAAAAGCCCCUGAUAAAGAAGCUCAAAUUGAUAUAGAAUUGGGCUUCCAGGUAAAUUGGCCGAAAUUCUCAAACGUGGUGGCUGCCUGUGGGCUAGAGCCAGAUUUCCAGAUUUAACCCUCCCUUUUCUAAAUUCCCCAAUUUCCCGCUGUUCCCAAAGUCCAAAACCGAUCGGGAAACUAAUCGUCAACCGUCCAUUAACAAGCACAAUCAACGAUUAAAGAUCAUGAUCCGCGUAACUUCCUCUCAUUGGCUAUCACACCCGCUUCCCCAACCAUAUAAAAUUCCAGGACAUGCAACGCCUCCCCGGCUGAACAUCAUCCAAAAUCGACUCGUGACCGAGGCCUGAUUCUUCCCUUUACAAACUAAUAAAUCUGAAUUUUCUCAAUAUCUCUCCAAUCUCGAAUAGUAGCAAAUUA